AUGGCGGCGCCUCACACCUUUGGCGACUAUACCUGUGUAGUCACAGAUAUAGACCGCAUGAAACAUGGAUCAAGAACGGUACCCAUGAAAGUGCUUGUCCUUGGCUUGCCUCGAACUGCGAGUGAAUCAACCGCAAAAGCACUACGUCUCCUUGGCGCCACCGAACUGUAUCACGGCUUCCAGGCUGCGCUGGAGAACCCGCUCGACAACAAGUACUGGCUCGCGGCCUUGCAAGCGAAGUUCGAGGGCAAGGGCAAACCCUACGGCCGGGCUGGGUUCGACAGAUUGCUAGGCCACUGUCAAGGCGUGUCGGAUCUACCAGCUAUCUUGCUUGCCGAGGAAUUGAUCGAGGCGUAUCCGGAGGCGAAAGUCAUUCUGACGCAUAGGGAGUUCGAGAGUUGGUAUACGAUGACUACGAAGCAGAAGCAGCAAAAUCGCGCCACUCCUACCUCUGACGACUUAGCUGACCCGCAACUGCUGCCUCACAGAUCAGUUUACGCCACAAUCCACCUCAAGGUCCACCACCCCUUCACUCGUAUCGUCGCUCUCCCGCAGCACUUUCUACACAUGCAUAACCGUUUCACAAAACCUACCUUCUUAUACGCCUGGCAGCACCUCACGCAUAACUCUGUCCACUUUACACGCAACGAAGCCCACAGUGUUUACCACACACACUACGCGAGUAUACGAGAGAUUGUUAGUCGGCAGCCCAAACACCAGAAUAAUAGCAAGCUGCUAGAGUACAGGAUAGGAGACGGAUGGGGACCGCUGUGCGAGUUUUUGGGCGUCGAGGUGCCGCCCGAGAGCGUGGCGUUUCCUAAAGGCAAUGACUUACGCGUGUUCAUGAAAAGGAUUGAUGAUCUGGUGUGGUGGGAAAUUUGGUGGAUGAUGCGGCGAGUACUACAGAUAGCGGCCGCCGUUGGGCUGCUGUUGGGGGCUUUAUACGUUUCAAAGUGGUGGAGGUAA